UAGGCGGCGCGAGAGUGAACUGAGGUUAGUUUUCAGUGGUCUUGCGACGGCGGCGCUCGGUGACCUCCGCGAUUUCCUAGUGACUUGUGAAAAGUGAACUUUGUCCCAUAUGAGUAAAGGGACGGGGAGCUACGCAGCCGAUAUCGAAAGGUCGAGUAUCGACACCGAUGUCAUGUGACUUCUGGCUGUGAAUCUAACCAAGUGAUAAUAAUGCAGUGAUUGUAACCAUACAGUAUUUGUGUUGUGCAAUGAACAGUGAGGUAUUGUUAGCAAGUGGAAAUGAAAAGAGAAAAGUACAAGGAGACACGCUUUGGAUUCUGGCGUGGUGAGCGAUGAAGGGGUGGUUCGACGCUUUCCGCGAGGAAGGCGGGCCGACCCUAUACGCUUACCACAACCGCACGGCGGUGGCAGCCGAUGUGCCAGCACUAGCGCUGUUGGUGGCUGCACUCACCCUGUACAUCGCCUUCCUGGCCGUCUUCCCCGGGAUCAGGAAAGAGAGAUUUACUACUUUCACGAUAGUCACCCUUAGUCUCUUCGUGGGCACUGUGAUUUUAGUAUGUAAGCACGGCUCGUCGUGGCACGUGUCCGGGGCGCGAGUGUCCCGUGCCGCCUACCGCGCCUUCUCCGCCGAGCGCCUCGACUGCUGGCUCGCCGUCCACGUCGGCUUGGGCCACGUCAAUGUGUCUCUCUCCGCGUUAUCAUGGGGUAACCUGUCCAAAGGGGACCCCGGAGUGGACUACAAUGAGCAGUUCCAGUGGGAGGAAGCAGGCGCGAUCCAAGAGUGGUACCGCGCCGGCCUUCUACGCGGUCUACCAUACCCCGUACUGUCUGUCGCUGAGCAUUUUGCAGCGGAGCACGAAGGCUUCGAGUGGGGUGCUAAGUACCGAGCGGCCGGAUACACCACCACCACAUUGCUUUGGACGGCGCUGGCGCUGUGGCUGCUCAUGAACCUCCUCCUGGUGGUAGUGCCGCGGUACGGCGCAUACGCGAUGGCCUCAUUGGGGGUCACCUUGUGUACUGCAGCGGGCGGCUACUGGGCGUCGCUGCCUCAUGUGCCACUGAUUGUGAGGCUUGAUGGAGCUAUGCUGUUCUUCUCGCUGGGCUGGUGCUUCUGGCUGGUUCUCAUUGCUGGAGGCAUAUGCCUAGUGGUUGGCCUGUUAAUAGCGGCAUUGGAUCUAGUCUGGCCACAUAAGUUCUCGACUGUACUGGAGGUGGAUUACGACACGCCCUACGAUAGACACGUCCUUAUAGUCGACAGCAGGCAGCGAGCGCGGCCGCAAACGCAAAGCUCGUUACCUUCUAGAAUACUAAGGAGACUAUCGUCAAAAACCCGCGAUUCGCAGCGGCAAGUGUCAAUGAGCAUAGUGAACGAGAGCUCGGGACGAGACAACCCAGCAUUCUCCCCCGAACAACGGAAACCGAACUCGCCGUGGAGGUACCCGCUGUUUAGACGCCAAAUUGACCGUGCGGACUCCGCUUCGAGUUUAGGGUCAAGUAUAAACGGUAAUAGUUCCGGCAUCAAAAUGUCACCACUGGCGAGCAGCCCGCCUUCUGGUUCACUUGCUAUGUCACCGCAGAGGUAUCGACCUCAAAUACCAGCAGCAGAACGAGUAAAAGAUAUGUGGUGAAAAUAUAGUGUAGGACAUUUGAAAUGUGUAAAUUAAUUUAAAUAAAAAUGAUUAUAAAAAAAUUACCGAUCUCUUAAAACAAUGAGGGUGACUACGGUCAACAUGAAACCUCAGUAUAAAAAGUAUUAUUGUAUUCAAAUUGAAACCUGAGGUCUAAAGUGGUUAGGUUAGGUGUGUUAAUCUUAGAUACGAGUAUUAUGAUGUAAAUUGUAAAUAUGUAACUAUUAACUUUAUCAUUAGCAUAUAAGUAAAUUAAUUAAAUUAUAAAAUUAUAUCAGUUCCGUCCAGUGUCAUAAGUAUAAUAGUGAAUGUAAUUUCUUUUUACGCCGUAACAUCAUGUAACUUCGUUAUGUGGGCUACAUACCUGCACUGUACAGUCAAAAUGUUUGGUUAAAUCGUCCGUGUGUAAAAAGUGAGAACUGUACAGUUUUUCUAAUGAUUUAAAUGAAACUUCGAUUAGAUAAACCUGUAAUGUUUGCGCAGGUAAAACUGAAGGUCUGAAGCCCACAUAACCCGUGCUAUGGACAUGAAGUACGUGUGUAGUGUCCGUCAGUUUUAACUGUACAGUUUUUAUGAUGAAAUAUCGAAUAAAUAAAACUGUACAGAGAAAACUGCGCAGUUAAAACUGAACGUCUGUAGCGCAGGUUACAGUUUUAACUUAGUAUAUAGAUCAUAGAUCAUAUCGACACAAGUGAAUACUUUGUGCCAUUUGUAAAUAUUGUUGAAGUUAGAUCACCCUAUUUAGUUCGACAAUACAAUAAAACCUGACCAUUUGUAUGUACACAAGCAAAGCUCUUUUAUCUUUCCCUACUAUUUGUUACGUGCUUAUAAAGUAACACUAUAUUAUCAACAGUUUGUUUCAUGUAGUAUGGUGACAGUUCAUUUCACUCUUGAAAGUUUGCCGCAAAUCACGAUAAUGAAUCUGUAACUGUAUCCAUACUAUCUGAAAACACUUUAUAUUAUCAUUUUACCACCACCCCGUCGUAUAAUAAUAAACAUAGUGAUAACACUCGCAGCAGAGAUCCAAAGAUCUAUUUUCUGCGAGGUUAAUAAAUACCGAACGUAUAUCGUACAUUACUAGGCUAACUAUGCUAAUCGUGUUUGUUUAGCGUUUUUUUUUUAAUUGAUGAAAACAUCAUCAAUCUGUUUCCAAAUUUAUGAGUAGAUAAUAAUUGUAUGUCAUGGUUGACUCGGUGAUAUUCUCAUCACCUAAAAAUUUUCCAAAUGACUAUCCCGUAUCCCUGUUUUGGGUGUUCCUCGGCGAUUUUGAGUAUUUUUAAGCCGUUCCUGUAUCAAAACAAAUUAAAAGUAAAGUAAAAAAAUACACAAAUCACUCAAAAGCCGUUUUCAUAAAAAAAAAUAUACGGUCGAAAACCUCCUCCUUUUUUUUGAAGUCGGUUAAUAAAAGAAAGAUUAAUAAGAAGAUUUAUAACAGUCAUCCGACCUGCGAAUAAUGUUUAUGUGAACCUGACCUGUAUCCAGAAAGUGUGUGACAAGUGUCAAAGACCUGCGGUUUUAACUAUAUGGCCGAACUGUUCAGUUAAAUCGUCCGUGUGUACUAGUUCGUCAAUUUUAACUGUACAGUUUAAUUUCUAAUAAUUUUGAUUGAAAUUUCGAUUAGGUGAAACUGUACAGUUAAAACUGCGCAAUUAAAACUGAUAGUCUAGCCAGAGUAAAAUAUACAUAAUAUAUGUAACAUAUCUUUAUAAUACCUAAUAUUCAUGUUUUAAUAGAAAUAGUUGGAAUGAAGUCAUUUAGUAAUAAAAAUAUUUUUUAAGUUAUUUAUUUUAAUAGUUGCCAAACACGUAGUAAAUAAUAUGUAAAUUACACACCUUAUUCUAAAAUUUUACACGAAGUCUUUUAAAUCAAUCACAAUAUAAAACAUUAUAAGUAUUAAUCAUCUGCAUCACAUAGAAUUUUACAAAUAUAGAUAUUUUCAAUGUUGUGAAAAUCUGUUUCCAAUAGUGAUUAUGCAUUAAGCCAUUUUGUAAUUAGUUUUGUAAAAAGUGACAAAGAAAACUAAUAUUUAUUGUGAUCAAAAUAUACCAAUUGAGAACGUACAA